AACACUAAGAACGGGGCGGUUUUUUAACAAGGCAAUAUUUUCGCUUUCAUUUUCACUCAAUAAAAUCCCUUGUCAAAGUUGAGAGGUGUCCCAGAGCUCAAACGUUUCACCUUCGUUUCUCCCAGGCUGUGUGUUAGCCGAGGUCUGGUUUGGGGGUGCAGAAUGGAUAAGAGGAAGAAAUUUUUUGAAACAUGGAAAGAUCAAUUUGGCAUUGUCUCGACAUCGGUUUGCUCAUUGAUUUUGAUAGUGCUUGAAAAAGUAAUGGAGGUGGAAUUUAAAUGCCCUGCAGAGCAGUACUGGAGGAUCGUUUACAGUGUCGUCUAUUUUGUUAUUCCAGCUGUGAGUUUGUUUUUUCUGUCUGCGGCUUUCCUGCCUGGUGAGGAUGAAGACUGUGAGUGUUGCUGCUGCUGCUGUGGGGUUUUGCUUAAAGCUCUUGUGCCCUCAGUUAUAUGGGUGACCCUUCUUCUCCUGGAUGGACGAUACGUUGCUUGCGCCCAUGAAAUUCCUCAAAACAAAGACACCCUGGCCGCCGGUGCGGACUACCCUACUUGGUCUUACAUAAUAUCGCAGAUUGCGGGACUAGCCCUCGUUGCCAUAAGCGCCCUGAGCUUUUUCCUGAACAAGAGAUGCAAGAGCUGCUGUAAUAACUGAAGCAACAAGUUCCAAGGAGACAUUGAAAUGGGGGUUCCUCAAAACAUAGAGCAGAAUGCCAGUGUCUGAAUUGACUGUGGGGCUAUCAAAAACUUAAAUAGAGGGGACAGAUAGCAAGUGUG